CUCUACACAAACCCAAACAAAUUCACAACAAAAAUGGGCGCAACGAAAGACACCUCUUCUUCUUCUUCGAGGCCGGCUCUAGAACUCACAAUCAUCUCCGGCGAAUCCCUUACAAUGUCGGGAAAACGUUCCAUCAAGAAAAGCACGUUUGUGGUCGUAAAAAAUGAAUCAGAUAAUUCGUUGGGGGCCACAAGGAUGGACACCCAAAACGGGUCAUGCCCAUCAUGGGGUGACAAGUUUUUUAUCGACAUUCCCAUGCAUAAUUAUUUCACCUUGGAAGUACAUUGCAAUAAUAAUUCUGGUGAUUAUGUUGUCGGGUCGGUCAGGGUUCCAACCUCGGACUUCAUGGGUGGGUAUUUUCCUAGUAACUAUUUGCACUUUUUGAGUUAUCGGUUGAAAGACAGGUUUGGUUAUCGUAAUGGGAUUAUUAAUCUUUCUAUUAAGAUGAAAUCGUCGGGUUAUGAUAUUGCUGGGACUAGCAGCUGCAAAUCUUCUUCGCAGCCGACAAGAUGGAAUUACGACGCUGCAUCAAAUAAAAAGAUGAAUCAAGGUGUAUCUGAUGAUGGAAUUGUAAUGGGUAUUCCUGUUGGAAAACAAUGUUGAUCGAUCACCAUUCUUGUCUCCUUGAAAAUUUAAAUUGUUCAAGAUCGAUUCGGUUCUUACAUGUUAAAGUUUAUGUUCUUUUUUAUUUUUCAUUGUGAUUUUAGAAGUAAAAUCAUCAAGAAUUCAUUCA